AUGUAUGGAGUGAUGUUUCCAGCUCAGUUACGACCAUGCAUUUAUGCUAAGACGGGCGCGCUCGGCCGCUGCCGGUUGCACCCCUCGGGCCGUCGCGUGGGCAGCGCGUGGGCGGCGGGCGGCCCUCUGACGUCACGGCGCAGCGCCACGCCCCCCUCCGCCGCCUUCCCCCACCACCGCGCCGGCGGCGGCGGGCGUCUGGCGCCCUCUCUGCCGACAACGCCAGACCUCCCGACGCCGCCGCCGACGCCGCCUCCGACGCAACCCCACGCCGCCGAGCCCGCUGAGCCGCACCGGUGCCGCCGCCGCCUCCGCUGCUUCAAGAUGGUGCCACCCUGCUCCCGGACAGCCCUGCACUUCUUCGCCCUGGCGGUCGCUCUCUGUCUGAGUGCGGUGUCAGCAGGCAUGGACGGCGAGAGAGACGCCUGGGAGAAGCCCGGCUGCCACAGAGUUGGGCACACGCGGAAGAUCAGCAUCCCGGACUGCAUCGAGUUCCCCAUCACGACGAACGCGUGCCGCGGCUUCUGCGAGUCGUGGUCCGUGCCGUCGGCGCUCAACACGCUGCGCGUCAACCCGCACCAGGCCAUCACCAGCAUCGGGCAGUGCUGCAACAUCAUGGAGACGGAAGACGUGGAGGUCCGUGUGAUGUGUCUCGACGGGCCCAGAGAUUUGGUGUUCAAGUCGGCAAAGAGCUGCCAAUGCUACCACUGCAAGAAGGAUUAAUGACGUAGGCUCUCCCGCAUCGCUACCAGCGGUUCUUGACGUCUCCCAGUCACCAGGAUCCACAGUUACUCCCAGCUGGCGACUGAUUUAAUUGCGUCAAUAGUUACUAAAUUUAUUCCUCAAGACGACAUUAGUUCAACGAUAGUUUAUGAAGUAGAAAGAUUUUAGUAGUUGCUGUAACCAUUAUUUCAGUUAAAUUCUGUUCACUAUUGUUAUAUCGUAAAUUAACUUCGAUAGGACUGUUUAUAAUCUUCUCACGUCAUCAUUUUCAAUUAAUCUAUCUGAGUACAAUAGUAGACUGUUACACAAUUACGACUUAGUAAACCAUAAUAAUACAUAGUACAGUGCCAUUUUGUAGAAAUUACUUAUUCUCUAGUCUGAAGACGACCUUUUUGUUCUAACAUGACUUGGAGGCGUCAAGAAAAUUUUUUGCGUGUUGUAUUAUUUCCGUAGAAUAGCUCCAACUGAACUUCCAGUGAAUCAUAUAAUGUAAUACCACGUAACAAUUAGAACUAACGUAGCUUUGCAAUGCCUCAUUAUUUUAACUUCUCAGGGAUUGUGUUCCAAUGUAACAGAACACUGUAUCUUAAUUUAAGUAUGCUUGAGAUCUAAUAAAAUGUGCAAUGAUGCAGAUUUUUGUCUUCUCAACAAAAGAUAAAACGAUACUGUGUCUAAUAUUUUUCUGUUCCCAUGAAUUUAUCUCCUUUCUAACACAUCGCCAUAUCUUGGUGCCAGUUUCCCCUUGACACCACGGAACGGUACUGACAGUAACAACACUUCGUCUAUUCAGACAAAGAUUGUAUUGUUUAAGCCUUGUACCAAAUGUUAUUUCUCAUCUAUAAUCUCGAGCGCUCGAGUACAAGGUUAUGCAAUAUAUCUAUCUGAUUAAAAAACGCUUUUAUCUUGAAAUGUAUUUUCGUAAAAAUUUAUCGUUCAUAUUAAGAUUGACCAAUAGUGUUCUAGAUGACGUCGGCAUGU